CUGCUUCUUAGAGCUGUAUCAUUGACCUUAACAACACUUGAACAAGAAUUGUCUUCUCCAAAUCAUACAUUCUGAUCAUCUUUAUCCUUCAUUUGCUUGCUUUUUAGCCUUAAACCGAUCAUGAAUUGUCCUGGUGGUUGAAACCGUUUACAAUCACCCUUGUGAUAAACAUCGUGUAAGAAGUUCAAUUCGCACCACCUAUACUUUCCCUUGAACAAGAAUUGUCUUCUCCAAAUCUUCAUCCUUCUACCCUUGUAAAUCCAACCCUUCAUUUGCUUUCUUUCUAGCCUUAAACCGAUCAUGAAUUGUCCUGGUGGUUGAAACCGUUAACAAUUACCCUUCUGACAAAUACCAUAACAAAGAUUCAAUUCUCACCACUUACAUCCCCUGCCCGUAAAGGCCACGGAUCAAAAAUAAAAAAAGAUCGAAAAAUGUCUAAGGGACAAUUACAAGUACUCAAUGCACUAGAUGUAGCAAAAACACAAUGGUAUCACUUCAAAGCAAUAGCAAUAGCAGGCAUGGGAUUCUUCACAGAUGCCUAUGACUUAUUCUGCAUUGCAGUGGUAGCUAGGCUGCUCGGACGAUUAUACUACACCGCACCAGGUGCACCCAAGCCAGGGACCUUACCCAUCAAUAUAUCAGCAGCAGUCAAUGGGGUUGCACUUUGUGGCACAUUAACAGGCCAGCUUUUCUUCGGCUGGCUAGGCGAUCGAAUGGGGAGAAAAAGAGUAUAUGGAAUAACACUAAUAUUGAUGAUUUUCGCGUCAAUUGGUUCAGGAUUGUCGUUUGGAAGAACCGCCAAAGGGGUUAUAACCACAUUGUGUUUUUUUCGGUUUUGGUUAGGUUUCGGUGUUGGAGGGGAAUACCCUCUUUCGGCUACAAUCAUGUCCGAGUAUGCUAAUAAGAAGACUCGUGGGACAUUUAUAGCCGCGGUUUUUGCUAUGCAAGGGCUAGGAAUUUUAGCGGCCGCAGUAGUGGCUUUACUUGUAUCGGCUGCAUUUGAGAAUAGGUUUAAGCCUCCACCAUAUAAUGUAGACCCUAUAGGCUCUGUUCCACCGGAAUGUGACUACAUUUGGAGGGUAGUCUUAAUUUUCGGAGCUGUUCCUGCUGGGUUUACCUAUUAUUGGCGUAUGCAGAUGCCCGAAACUGCAAGGUACACGGCUUUAGUAGCUAGAAAUCCUAGACAGGCGGCUGAAGACAUGUCUAAAGUACUCAAAGUUCGUUUAGACGCAGAGGAAGAUAGGGUGCACAAAAUAUUUAAAAGUGAAAGGCACAAAUUUGGACUAUUUUCUGCUGAAUUUGCUCGGUUGUAUGGUAUCCGCCUUUUGGGUACAACGAGUACUUGGUUCUUACUCGACAUUGCGUUCUAUAGUCAAAACCUUUUUCAAAAAGACCUCUUUUUCUCAGUUGGGUGGAUACCUCCUACAGUCGAGAUGAGUGCUAUGCGAGAAAUCUACAUGAUUGCUCGGUUUCAAACCCUAAUCGCUCUUUGUGGAACUGUUCCGGGAUACUGGUUCACUGUUGCCUUUAUCGAUGUAAUUGGAAGAUGGUGGAUUCAAAUGACGGGAUUCUUUUUCAUGACUAUAUUUAUGUUUGCUAUUGCGAUUCCAUACGACUAUUGGAGAACCGAAGAGCAUCAAAUUGGCUUCUUAAUAUUGUAUGGCCUAACAUUCUUUUUUGCGAACUUUGGUCCUAAUGCAACAACCUUUGUUAUCCCAGCUGAGAUCUUCCCCGCUAGACUAAGAUCCACUUGUCAUGGAAUAUCGGCUGCAUCUGGUAAGGCCGGAGCCAUAAUAGGAGCAUUCGGGUUUCUCUAUGCAUCACAAGAUAAAGACCCGGAAAAGAGGAAUCCGGGCUAUCCUGCUGGUAUUGGCAAGAGGAACUCAUUGUUUGUUCUUUGUGCUAUAAAUUUCCUAGGUAUGCUUUGCACUUUCUUCGUGCCCGAGCCUAUGGGCAAGUCUCUUGAAGAACUUGCUGGUGAGGUUGAUAUGGAGGACAUUGAGCUCGAUCAAAGAGAUGGUGCUUGAAUCUUGAUUAUAAAUGAUGGUCAUCUUGUU